AUGAAUCAACUCGCAAACGUCUCCUCUGCUAAUGCAACCAUCAGUGCAAACACGACGUUAACAACGGCAACUUUCGUACAUGGCUGGGUCUCAUCACCGAACGGACGAGGCACACUUGACAUCGUGCAGACGCCGCAGAACGAUGGCUGGCUUGCCAUGCAAUUGUACAAGACGAAGUGGGUGUUGUUCACCCUAUACUUCCCCGAAUUGAUGCCGAUGAUCGCCGCCGAACAAGCGAUAAGUUCGGCCCAGUCGUUUGAAGACUUCGACUUUCUUCGAAAGGCUUUGUAUAAGCGCUCGCGUCAGGCACCGCCCGGCUGCGUGCAGAAAGCGGACUCCGAAGCAGCUGCUGCUAUGCACCGCUCACCGUGGACACGUCGGCAUUCUUUCUUCGCAGACAUGGGGGGCCUUCGCCUACGCUUCUCGGACCAUCCUGAUUUCCCCGUCAACAGUCACCAAUUGUUCUGGCUGGUUAAGAACGGUCAUCUUGACUAUCCCCAGCUCGAUCCGAAAGACAUUGAAGACAAGAAUAAAGCCGACAUAUUUGCACGUAUCGCGACGCUAUUGCAGAUAGCAUGGUUCACCAUACAAAAUCUCGCUCGAGCGAUCCAGCAUCAAGCUCUCACUACUUUCGAACUCGUCACCUUGGCCUUCGCCUUCUGCACGCUGCUUUCAUUCUGGUUAUGGCGCGCAAAGCCAGCAGACGUCACCGAGCCAAUGACCUUGGAUUGUCGCAACCCUUUAGCGACGAUUAUUCAAAAAAGCCGUGGUUCUGUUGGCAUGUAUUGA